GGUGCCGCUGCUGGACAUGCUCGUGCCGGCGGCGGAGGUGGAGCGCGUGUGCGCCCGGCGUCCGCGCCCCAAGAGGUUCUCGUGCAGCGAGUGCGGAUCCGCCUUCAGCAACAAGGGCCAGCUGAAGGGCCACCUGCGGAUCCACACCGGGGAGAGGCCCUUCGCCUGCGGCCACGACGGCUGCGACAAGCGCUUCACCCGCAACGAGGAGCUGACCCGCCACCGCCGCAUCCACAGCGGGGCGCGCCCCUUCCCGUGCCCGCUGUGCGACAAGCGCUUCGGACGGAAGGACCACCUCAAGAAGCACGUCCGCACGCACCAGCGUCAGCCGUUGCUGCCACCGCACCCGCUCCUGCACCACCUGCACCACCUUCAGCAGCUGCAACGCUAGUUCACCGUCGUCCCCUUCGAGGGGUGUUUGCUGCACGGGAGAAACUCUUUGCCUGGAGCCCUCCUGUGGCAGAUGUCUGUGAUAACUCCAUGUAAAUAAUGUACAAAAUAUUUA